CGCAGUCCGUCGUUGAUCUUGAUCUAAGUGGAAGCGUAGGUAAAUAUCAUUAUCACGUCGAAGUUGUGUGCUGUAGUGUGUGCCAUGGGUGUGUUUGUAAGUGUAUGCGGCAAUCCAAUUGGCCACGACUGCUAUGGCGUAUUGUCGAAGAAAUCGGCCGUGUUUUAGUUUCGCACUCCUGUCGUCAGCAACGAGCCAGACAUGCUUCCCCCACGAACAAGCGGAGCGGCAAAUCCGGCACCAGUCUCGGGACCAACCGAAGAUGUUAGCACCGCCAAAUCACAGCCAAACGUCGAGAAGGACAAAAAUGCCACCACGAGUAUCCUCUUUUCCCUUCUCACCUCACUCUACGACCUCCCACAAACGUCUUCCUUCCUUUCCUUGAAACGCGAAGCGGAGGAGCGGGGGAACCAGUUACAGCUGUACUUCACGAAGUCCGAAGCUCGGGACAAAACCGCGCGUUUAGUGCAGUACUUUUGCAAGGCGCUCACCGGAUUCUGCACUUAUUUCCUGAAAGAACGGCCGGAGAAGCUUACCGAGUUAGUCUCUUCGCUUCUCCUCCAGCGGUGGUUUUUGUUCCUUUUCUCGUCCCCGUCGUGGUCCGAGGUUUUUUCAUCUUCUACCGCGAACGACAAUUCUAGUACUGCCUCGAUUACAUCACUAACCGCUGAAAAUGUCGCACUCUCAUCUGCGCUCAAAGCCUCCUUCGAGCAGAUCAAUACGAAGGCGAAAUCGGUGCAAACCGCGAUGUCCGACGCGAGGCGGACGCACCGGUGGGCCAAGGAGUUCAUUGUGUUGUCGAAGGUGAAGCAGAUUCAUCUGAACGCGCAGAAGGACUGGAUCGAAUUCGUGAAUCUGAUUUCGAAGAUGCUGCUCGCGGUGUACCUGGUGAAGGAUCAUCACGUUUGGCUGUGUAAGGUGAAGCUGCUUUCCCACGACCCCAAACCGCUGAUCCAGUACAACUUGCGGUACAUGAUCGGCGGGAAUGUAUUUUCCGCCUUUUACCAGUGCUGCCUCACCCUGAGACACCACAAACAGUUGCGGAAGCUGGAGAAGGAGAUGGCAUUUUUGGAAAGGGAUGCGAUGUUCACGGAAAAACGAGUUCUGGACGAAAUGCUUGGCGGGACAAAUAAACCGGAUAUCAUCUCCAGCGAGCGGCGUGCUAAGUCCAAGGACUCCACGGCGCAAAGCGCCACCCCGGAUGCCGGACUAAAUAACACCAAGCUGUCGACUCCGAACACGAAAAAGAUCACGGAACUAGACGUGAUGCGGCUGGCGGACUACUCCGCGGAGCAAGCAAAGUUGGCGGCUUUCACCGGGAGGAUCAGCGGAGGACAGCCGGUUCUUGGGGGGAAAGUAGUUGCGUCCUCUGCGAGUUCUUCGAAAAACAAACCACCGAGGAAAGGGAGCUUGGACCUGCCGCCAGCGCUCGAGAGGAGAAGGUUUGAUGUGUGCUUUUCUUACCUGCUGCAUCUGAUACAUAGUGACCUCUGUUCUUCAUGAUGCAAUUGCCUGCCCGGGAGGAGGAGCAGAGUCAGGAUUUACCCCUACCUCUUGUCUUCUGCUUUCUGCUUCCGCCCUCGAUUGGAUUUUUUCUUCAAGAAUGAAAAGUUCCACCACGACAUCUAUCACAGCAUCAAUCUAUCGCAACAGGGGCUCCUCCCACACGGGCACGGGGGGUGGUGGCUACCGGACUGACAGCGAGGUCGGGUCCGCGCCCAACACGCCGCGCGACCAGCGCCAGCCGAUUCCCCUCCUCAAGCGGUCCCCUUCGAUCGGAAGUCGCGGCCGCGCUAGCUCCAUCAUCUCCAGCUCCCGGGCGGGCAACAACCAGAGCAGCAAAUCUAAACAAAAGCGGGAAGAACGGGAGUCGCUCGCAAGACUCCAGCUGCACCGCCGGUCCCUCGGGCUGUUGUCGAACGACAGCGCAUCCGUGCCAAAGUUGAAGCCGGCGGAUCUCGGUCCGUUCGCGUCCUCCGCCGCCGUAGUCGGCCAGGAUGACGACCUGGACAACGCACCGUCGUCGGCCCAAGACGACAACCAAGACGAGCUUUUUGUCGAGGAAAUCCGGUCGGCGCCCACGGAGGACGCGCGAAACGAUCUGUUGACGAUGGACAGACAAGAGGAGCUACGAAAGCAGAUGCUGUUCCACCGCGUGAAAAGGCGCGACUCUUUUCUUCUCUUCUUAAAGUCUCUGUUGCUGAUCGCGCAGGGACUGCACAAUUCCGGCUUGCACACUGUGCACGAUUUUCCGAUCGGGCUGCUGGGCGUGGUCAGCAGCAUGAUCGACAUGAGAAAUCUCUGGCCACCGAGACAGGCGGUUUGAUGCAGUAAAUGUAUAUUUUCCACCAUCACGAUAACUCUUUCAUCGUGGCUAGCCGUUGAUCGGUUGUUCUUUCCCGCAUGCAGUGUCGCCCACGGGCCACGAACUUUCUUUCAUGAAGUAAAUAGUGAACAAAUAAGUUUUCCGAGCUGCUUGUGCUACCGCCACGUCAUACAAAAAUGCAUAUAAGGACUCCACUUCCAAUUUUGCUUUUGCCCGGUCGGAAAUCGAUGAAU